CCGCAACCCAACAAAAUCCACCCCAUCAUUUAUAUUCCCCUCCAUUUCUGGCCCAAAAUCUCUUAACCCCAAAUAACUCUCUCUCUCUCUCUCUCUACUAACAAUGGAAGCUGCCGAUGCUAAUCCUAGUAAUGUUCAAGUUCAACAUGUGACUAAAAAAUCAUCUGACGAGCUGCUGAGGAAGUUUGCUGAACUGGAAGGUGACGACGAUGACAAGGGUCCAGCUAGGAAGGAGUUAAGGGUGGUGGUCAAACGGCGGAAAAGAAGUACUGGUACCGCGUUGAGGAGAAGGGAAGGUGAUUAUAGUCAGUGUGAGAGUCCUUCAGGCAAUGGAAGCACAAGCUUGGCUGAGAGGAAAUGGCUUCUCCCCCCGGCGGUGACGCGGCGGUCGGCAUUGCUGAGGCAACUUGGGAUUGGGAGGUCGCAGAUAAGAGCUAGGGAAAUCAGGAACAGGUCCCUGUUUGGCACCAUUGAGAAGACAUGGCGUAAAACUAUAGAGGGAGCUUCAAAGGUUUUCAUGGAGAAACACUAUAACAGGCACAGGCGUCUGGUUAAUGAUGUUGUCUAAGUAGAGCUGAAGACUAGCUAGGAAAUGGGAAUUCAAUUUUAGGCCUUGUAAGACUUGGGGGAGAAAGGCUCAGCAAUUUGUAUAUGUAGUAUUGUUACUUCCUAUUCAUUUAUAUUUUUUUGGUUAUCAGCAAAAUAAAGAAUGAUCAAUUUCAAUUCAA